AUGGCAUAAAUAUAAGAUAAUUCAGAAAUCAUUCAACCAAUCUUUUAAAAAUUAAAAGAAACCUUUAAUACUCACAAAACAAAGUGUAUUAAAUUUAGAAAAGCUUAACUCAGAAAUUUAUUAAAAGGCCUUGAUGAAAUGGAAUAAGAAUUUCAUAUAGCUUUAGAAAAGGAUUUGGGAGUGACUAUUUUCAGUAGUUAAAUGACUUCAACAAUUGUAACUAAGGUAGAAGUUGAAAAUUAAUUGGCACAUAUUGAUGAAUGGAGUAAAGAAGAAAAUGUAGAUACACCAUUUGUAAUUAUUAUUUUUUUUAUUUUAUAGGUAAUUGGGCCUGGGUCAUCAAAAAUAAUUUAUGAACCUUUAGGAGUAGUUUUGGUAAUAGCUGCAUGGAAUUAUCCACUUUACACAGGAAUUCCUCCUAUGGCUGCUGCAAUUGCUGCAGGAAAUUGUGUUAUUCUUAAACCAUCAGAAAUUGCUCCACACUCUUCUCAAGUUAUGUACAAUUUAGUUACAAAGUAUCUUGAUUAAUCUUGUUAUGCAGUUAUAUAAGGAGGUGUAGAAGUUUCAAAGAAGAUUACUACACUUCCAUUUGAUUUAAUUAUAUUUACAGGAAGCCCAGAGAAAGGUAAAUUGGUCGCCAGAGCUGCAAGUGAAAAUUUAGUGCCAUGUAUAUUAGAAUUAGGUGGUAAAUCACCAACUAUAGUCGAUAAAGAUUGUAGUUUAAAUGUUACAGUUUAGAGAAUUAUUUAAGGUAGAUUUAUAAAUGCAGGUUAAACUUGUGUUGCUUGUGAUUAUGUGUUUGUACAUUAAUCUAUUAAAGAUGCCUUUAUUAAUGAGAUGAAGACUGAAUUAAAAAGAUUUUUUGGAGAAAACCCUUAAAAAUCAAAUGAUUAUUCUAAAAUUGUGACUGAAUUUCAUACAUAAAGAUUAAAAGAACUUCUUAAAGAUCAUAAUGGAUAAGUAGUUGUAGGAGGUUAAGUAAAUGUAGAUCAAAGAUAUGUUGAACCUACUAUCAUUUUAUAACCAUAAGUCUAAUCUAAAUUAAUGACUGAAGAAAUAUUUGGUCCCAUUCUUCCUGUGCUUACAUUCGAUAAUAUUAAUGAAGUCAUUCAAUUUAUAAAUUCUAGACCCAAACCAUUGGCUUUGUAUUAUUAUGGAAGCAGUAGCAAAAAUAAAAAACUACUAGAAUAAUAAACUUCAUCUGGUGCUAUAGUACAUAAUGAUUCCUUAUUUCAUUUAUUGAGUAUAUGUAAUUAUUAUAUUAGAUCCAAAUUUACCUUUUGGUGGUGUUGGAAAUAGUGGUUAUGGUGCCUAUCAUGGUAUUACAGGAUUCAAAAGUUGUUGUCAUGCAAAACCUGUAUUUACUAAAUCUACUUUGAAUAUAUAUCCAUUCAAUAUUAGAUAUCCUCCAUUUACUAAAAAUAAGUUAUAAACAUUGUCAUUAUUGUAUAAAUAAUUAAUAUAUCUAAUAGUUUCAAAUUUGCUGAGUUACCUUAAAGACAUGUAGUUAAUGCAACUCUAUUUGUUUCUUUUCUGGUUGCUUUAAAGUUGGCCUAAAAGAAAGGCUAUUUAAAAAGAUUAUUAGAAAUAUCCAAGCCUUAUGUUGAAAAAGUAUGGAAGGAAACAAAUUUAUGA